AUGUUGAAGUUGCUUUUCAUUGCGACAUUAAUUGUGUAUGCGGUAUCAAUUCCGCUGGACGAUAAUUCAAAUCCACCAAAGGAUGAUUCAAAAGAUUUGACGGACUUUAGCUCGGAUGGAACUGAUGACCACAAAUUUAGCAAACGCAACAGUCUUGCUGGCGCAGCACAUGCUUUGGCUGUGAAAUCCGAAGCAACAGAUGAUGAGAAUUCGAAAAAACCGAAACGUGACGUCGAUACUGACACAGAUCCCGAUCUAAAAAUCGACGAGCCUAGCAAAAGCGAUAGGAAAGUUCGUGAUGUUUCAAAAGAGAAAUCACCUCCGAAACCAGAGCGUGAAAGUCGAGAUACUACAAAUCAAAAGGAGCCGCCCAAGACAAAUCCACAUCGUGUUGCUCGUGAUAUAAUAAAAGAUAAAAAACCAAAACGUGAAGCACUAGACACACCCGACUCAAGUAAACCAAUUCCACAGCCACCAAAAUCAGCUCCAAAUCACAAACGGGACACUGGUGGAGACGAUCCAAAAAAGCACAUCGACGAUGACGAUGAUGACCAUAAACGUCUAUCUCGCUCCGCCGAACAAAAAGACAAAACUCCUGACCACAAACCCAAACGAGACACCAAUGAAGACGAUGGAACCAAUCAUAUUGACAAAAACGAUAGCAAAACUCAACGGAAAGUUCGCUCAGCGGAUGAAAAAAAGAAAACACCCGAGUCAAAAACCAAACGUGAUACGGGAAGAGAUGAUCCAAAAAAGCAUUUCGACAACGAUGACGACGACAAUGAUGAUCAUAAGCGCGUAUCUCGUGCAGCAGCUGAAGACAAAGAUAAAAGGCCUAAGCGUGAAACAACGGAGCCGAAGCCGGAUUCAAAAGACGCAAGGAAAAUACCUUUGUGGUGA